GGUGGUUAGCGCGGCGCAGCAUGGCGGCCACGCCGCCGGAGCCGGCCCUGAGGGGCUUCGUGCGGACGGUGGAGAAACGGGACGGCUCCGUGCUGCGGCUGCACCAGUACGGCUCGGGCGGCGUGGGCUGCGUGGUGUGGGACGCCGCCCUGGUCCUCGCCAAGUACCUGGAGACGCCGGGGUUCUCCGGCGACGGGGCCCGGCCGCUCAGCCGGCGGUCGGUGCUGGAACUGGGGGCCGGCACGGGCGCUGUGGGGCUCAUGGCCGCCACGCUCGGGGCGAAUGUUGUGCUGACAGAUCUCGAGGAAUUGCAGGACCUGCUGAAGAUGAACAUUGACGUGAAUAAGCACCUUGUCACGGGCUCAGUUCAAGCCAAGGUACUGAAAUGGGGGGAAGAAGUGGCAGAAUUUGCACCAGAUUAUAUAUUGAUGGCAGACUGCAUAUACUACGAAGAGUCAUUGGAGCCACUGCUGAAGACCCUGAAAGAUCUUGCUGGGCCUGAAACCUGCAUCAUAUGUUGUUAUGAGCAACGAACCAUGGGGAAAAAUCCAGAAAUAGAGAAAAAGUAUUUUGAGCUUCUUCAGCUGGAUUUUGAUCUGGAAAAGAUUCCCCUACAGAAACAUGAUGAAGAAUAUCGGAGUGAAGAUAUUCAUAUUUUACACAUCCAGCGGAAAAAAAUGUUCCCUCCUCCCAGCCCAAACCACAAAGAAAACAAAAUGGAAGCAUCUAUAUGGGGUGAAGCUCCCGGAACACAGGGAAGUAUGGAUCUAGGUUGCAAGACCUAGAAUGGAGCGGCCUUUUCUCUGCUACAAUUUUGCUUCAGUUUGGAAUUCUGUUGAAUUUACUUCUCCCUCAGAUGUUGGGAGGACAAGGCUUAGAGUCAUUAGGAGGAUGCGCAUCUCACUUUGUAUCAGCAUCAGAGACUUUCUGCCUGUAUACUUCUUUUGCCUGUUUACUUGUUUUGAUGUCUUUCUCCCCACUUCUAGACUGUGAGGCCAU